UGUCGCCUCCGUCGUCGCCUACAUUCCUGUGGCAGGCAUCAUCAACAGUUUUGGUGUGUUUGUGGAGAAACUAAACGUAGAGUUCUGUCCGUUUGACUGCCCUACAGCUUUUAGGAUGGAUCGGUGCCUUAACAUUCGGUCUGAACAGGGCUUUUUGUUGGUUGGUUAUGGAACUGCAGACGAUGGUCUCCCCUUUUCUACUGUUUCUAAGUGGAAUAUUAAUGUGCACCUUAAGCCUCCUUCUGACCUCAAUGACGGAGCGGUUAGCCUGGCUAUUCCUGUUUUACUGUGUCAUCUAUGGAUUCGGCUCCAGCCUCGUUAUGAACACUCCGUACUCUCUGAUUGAGGAAGUCUUUCCGAUAACCCACAAACAUCACGUGACUGCAACCAGUAUCAUGAAUGUUGGGGCUCCGCUAGGUAUGUUGCUGGUCAAUCCUCUAGUGGCCUACCUGGAUAAUAUAGAGGGCCACACCUGGAGAGAUACCAUACGCAUCUUCUCAUUGGUUGUUCUCAUUACGGGUUUUGUUUGUUCUCUGCCAAUGACACGACGGGGACUGACUAUUUUCGGUACUAGCGUGAAUCCGAAGGAGGGUUAUGAGGAUCUGGAUAAACAGUGUAGUGACGUGACGGGAGAGGAUCAAUCCGACAUCCAGGGGGAUGAAAAACCCAAGAUCAGGAGAAAAGAGCCACCGGCAAGACAAAACUCACUUGUCCUACUCUUUGAAAACCAGACCGCGGGGAUUUUACUGGGCUGGACGUCCGGCAUGUUCCUGUUGUCCGUGGCUAUCUUCAUACCCAAAGUGCAUUUUAUCCAGUACAUGCAUGACCUGAGUAUAGAACCAGAAGUGAGCUGCGGCUUGCAUGUCAUACGAGGGUCUAGCGGGAGGCAACACUUAGCCUCCUCAUCUCCGUACUCGGUAACAGUCCUUUUCAAUCCAUCAGUUCACUGUUGA